AUGCAGGCGCGCCUUCGCCCGCUGCCAGGAGAGGCGGUGCCACCCGAGGCUUUCCAAGAAGUCUCACGGCCGCUACUUCUCGCAGCCACCGGUGACGUGCUAGCCGCAGACAGGACCGGGCAAUCCUGCAGCGACUUCUGCGAGACGCGGGGAGCUUCUUGCGAAGCUUCGGAUCUCCUCUUUGUGAACCGCUGCGAGGCCAUGCGAGUGGCUCUCUUCUGCGAACGCUGUGAACGCAACCUGGGCUCCGACCAACCCGCCGUGGCCAGCCUUCGCAGCAGCCGAUCCUACGGGGCCUGUCUCUACAACGGCGACAUCUUGCAUUAUCCCAUCACUUGCGAGGCGUCUCAUCGCGAGACGCGGAGGUUGUGCGUUUGCCGCGCACCGCCGCGUGCUGGGCCGCGGCCGGCGGUCGAAGGUGAUGCCGGCACAACGCGGGUGCCGUCCGUAGUGUCCAAGAUGCUGCCGGGCCAAGCAGCUCAGGCGAGUGAAGCUGAGACAACGAGCGGAUGGGCAAACGAGCUUGGCACCACCAUUGCUCAAGACUCAUCAUCCAGCUCGGUGAGCGAGGCUGAGACUACAAUAGCUGCCAACUCCUCAUCGAGUUUUGCAAGCAAACUUGGCACCACCAUUGCUCGAGACUCAUCAUCCAGCUCGGUCAGCGAGGCUGAGACUACAAUAGCUGCCAACUCCUCAUCGAGUUUUGCAAGCAAACUUGGCACCACCAUUGCUCGAGACUCAUCAUCCAGCUCGGUGAGCGAGGCUGAGACUACAAUGGCCCCAGACUCAUCAUCGAGUUUGGCAAAGGAGCUUGGCACCACCAUUGCUCCAGACACAUCAUCCAGCUCGGUGAGCGAGGCUGAGACUACAAUGGCUGCAGACUUACCAUCGAGUUUGGCCCGCAGCAACGAGUCCACUCGCCUUCGGCUGUGA